AUGCGCCGUCGCGGCUGGGCCAGGAAGGUUGAGCGUUACUGCUGCACCGCCGUCACAUACUUUCCGCUGGUCUUCGUCUACGGCCUGACGUCGUGGGCCGUAUGGGUCCAGGCAGGCAUCGGCUUUGUGCCCUCGAAGAAUGUCUGGACGGGAAAGUUCUCGUCUACGCUCGGCAUCUUCCUCUAUCUCAUGCUCAACUGGAGCUACACCACCGCCGUAUUCACCGACCCGGGAUCGCCGCUCAAUAUCAAAAAUGGCUACAGCCACCUGCCGUCGCAAGAAGGAGGAGAGAUGCAGUACACGUCCUUCACCGUCAAGGCAUCGACCGGUGAACUACGCUUCUGCAACAAGUGCCAGUCCAAGAAGCCCGACCGCUCUCACCACUGCUCCACAUGCAAGCGCUGUGUCCUGAAGAUGGACCAUCAUUGUCCAUGGCUCGCGACUUGCGUCGGUCUUCGCAACUACAAGGCUUUUGUGCUCUUCCUACUAUACCUCUCUUUCUUUUGCUGGGUCUGUUUUGCGACUUCUGCGACUUGGGUUUGGAGUGAAAUACUCAGUGAUGGACAAUACACCGAGUCCUUCAUGCCCGUAAACUAUGUUUUACUUGCCGUACUAUCUGGCAUCAUUGGCAUAGUCAUAACAGGCUUUACUGCAUGGCAUCUAUGGCUUACAGUUAGGGGCCAGACUACGAUAGAAAGUCUGGAGAAGACGCGCUACCUCUCACCACUCCGGAACACGAUGAAGCAUCAGCUCAACGACCGAAACUAUAUGGAUGCGCAAGCGAACGGACGUUUGAGUGUUGGCGACCAGUUGCGCGAGAUUCACGCGAACGCUCUUCCGGGGGUGACCAGACCCGAGGAGGGCGAGCCGCCCUCUCGCUCUACCUCGCGCUCUCCCGUACCAGGCCAUGCGAACGGUUACUCGCACCCGCACUACCAGUCCUACGAGUAUCGAGAACGCCAGCAGUAUCAAGACCGCUACGAUAGCUAUCUUGACGAGCGCGACAACGAGAUGCUGCCCAACGCCUUCGACCUGGGUUGGAAACGCAACAUCGCACAUGUUUUUGGCCCUUCGCCGCUGAAGUGGUUCAUACCACUUGUAACCACAACAGGAGACGGGUGGUCAUGGGAACCCAGUCCGAAGUGGCUGGCAGCACGGGAGCGGAUAAAGCGGGAAAGGGAAAGAGAAGAACAGAUACAGAAGCAGCGUGAGCGCGCUGCUGGUUGGGGUGUUGAUACUCCUACUGAAGUAGAGUUUAGGGGUCCCACGCGCGCUCCGAACGGAUGGAUGCCUGGCCAGUAUAGCCAGCCUCCCCCACGAGCCACCAGACGUCCAGAAUGGCAAGCACCGCUUGGCCGCGGCGAGCAGACCCAAUAUCUCACCACUACCAACGGCAUCGCGAAAGGCCCAAUCGACGGACGAAGAAGUCCAAACAAAGCCGACCAAAUUCUAGGGAGAGAACGCGGCAUGUAUGCUGAUGGCGAUGUUCAACUCCAGACGAUCGACAGGAAAAAGUUUGACCAGUACAACUAUAUAUCCGAAGACGAAGACGACGACUACGAAGUCUCGAGUGACGAGCAAGCGGUCGACCAGCGCAAAGCGCAAAAAGUACAGACCGUGACUGCGCCACCAAAAGGAACACAGAAUUGGAAUGACAUACCAGACGGGUUUUUAGACCCGGCGCCAAAAGAGAGGAAGAAGAGUGCGAGUCGGGAACGAUCACAACAACGGAAAAACGGGGAAUGGGAUGACUGGGGGACAUGA